UUUCAUAGGCAAAAUUUCAGGCAGGAAGAGCUGGAAAAAACCACAGACUCGAUCUACUACAAGCUGAUCGAAAUUCCGAACCGUUCGCGAAUUGCCGUUCGAUGGGCAGCUCUGAACAUAAGGACGACCUUCUUAGACGAGAAAAGGAUCUAG